CUCCACUACAACUCUCCAUACCUUGACCAACCUUGAACAUUAUCAUUCACAGGUAUCGAACAACGCCGGGAAAGACACAAGGAUAAUCAUGUCCGCCGACUCUAAUUCCCCGCGCGCCAUUGCUCUUGGCUACAUCUCCAACUCUCGUUUCCACCGCCGCUACACACUCCCCGCCACGGCGGAGCAUGACAGCCUCACCUUCACUUAUGCGGACGUCGGAGCCACUCCCAGUUCAACGAAUCUGAAUCCUCGAACCAUCCUCUUUAUGCCGGGCAUGUUCGCCUCCCGAUAUCUCGGCGUAUUUAUACAUGCAAUUGCAGAGAAACAUGGCGUGCGUGUCUUGAUAGUCGAUCGCCCCGGAAUGGGCAACUCCACCGACGUCCCGCUAGAUCAACGACUCUCCACCUGGAUCGAAAUAGUGCCCCGUCUCCUAGCGCAUCUAGAAGUCGAUCAUGUAGCGCUGGUCUCACAUUGUGCCGGGACCAUUUAUUUAUUGAAUACCCUGUUCCAUUGUCGUGACCUUCUCCAUCCAGAGAGACCAUUCGUCGCUUUUUUGGAUCCUUCUCAUUCCCACGUCACGUCCAUGCAAAUGGCCCAAUAUGUACCGGUCAAAGCAUUCAGCAUCUGGAAUCUGAUUCCAAAGUUUCUUCUUUUGAAAGCGGGUCCGGCUUUUACCUCAAGUGGGGUUGCUAUCACGAAGACCUCAGACGUUAUCUCCUCCGGCUCUGGUUUCAGUAGCGGUGAAGACAACACGACGGAGUUAGAGAGGAACCGACGACAAAUUGAGAAUGAGUACGGACUCUCUCGAGAUGUGCAGGCCGAACUCGAUAGUCUGACUUUCCAGUUCAUGUUCGAGGAAAGCACUGUCGGUGCAAACAGUGAGGCUUUACAGUGUUUGCGGAAGGGGUCUGAUAGUGGAAAGACAUGGGGAAAGUGCGAUGACUACGGGACUUACGUGAAGGAGUUAGCAAAUCUUGAGGGAAGGAGACAUAGACGGGCAGGAGAGGAAAAGCUGAAGGUAAGGGCGUAUUUCGCGGGCAAUGACUCUAUGAUUGGGAAAGCUGGCCAAGAAUAUGUGGAGGAAUGUUGGGCAUGUAAUACGAGGGAAUUCAAGGACACCCUUGAUUUUGAAUCGGGGACCUUUGCGGAGCUAGAUCACGACAGUUUAGUUCAGUCUGCUGAGGUUCUGAAGAGCAUUUUCCUCCAUGCCGGAGGCACUACACCCGAUGGAUUCGAAUCAAAUUGAGCUCUGCUUCGACCAACAUGGUUCUACAUAGUGUCUAGAAUAGACUUUCCUAGGCUUUGUUUGUCUCGGUGAAUUUGCCAAACAUCUAUUAAUGCUCGCCUGCGCUUCACCUCUCACUGCAAUGUAUACUCAACUUCAAAUCUCUCCAGAGGUAAGACCUUCACUGGUACUUAGAUAGGAUAACAUUUUCUUUGGCC